AUGGAGAUAUUCAAGGAAGAAGAAGAAGAAGCUUUUUCGGCGAUAGAAGGUAUAAUAUAUGCCUGUGAGGUGUAUGACCCUGUACCCCGUCAUUUACAUAAAAGCAAAACAAAGAUCAUCAAUGCUGCUAAAUUAAUUAUAGAAACGCAUCUUUCAUAUUAUACAAUACUCAAUAACAUUUCAGAUAUACAAGCCUAUCUUUCUACUUGGCUUAGGGAUCUUGGAACGACAGGUCCAUACCAAACAAUUCUUUCAGAAAGUAUUUCUCUCAUGUUUGACCGCACUGUAUCUAUCUUCAGGAAAUGUACGAUAGAGGGAGGUUUUCCACAUUUGAUCGCACGUCUUUAUCUCAGAUUGAAAAGCUACCAGAAGCUCUUAAACGAUGCAGGAUUAAAGAAUUUUUUUUCAAGCUACGAUUAUGCUUUCGGGGUUGCAUACAACCUUGUAAAUUGCUCUGAAUACAGGUAUGACGAAGUUCAUUACAUAUCGAACGGCACUUACUCAUUAGUUGCAUCGAUGAAGAUAGAUCCUGCUGAAGUCAUUAAAAGGGAACAUUUUAGGCUUACAAUUCCGAAAUUUAACAUAUCUAAUAUAUUAAUUGAAAUUUUUCAUUUGCUCGAUGGAUUAGCAUUUUUUAAGGUGAACCCUGAUAGUUUAUCUAUAUCUACAGCUUCAGCAGAAACAAUCUUUCGCAGUAUCUCCGAAGGUAAUCAUCAGGUCCUAGAAUUGGGGAGAAGUUUAAUGUUUCCAUUGUUGAGGACUGGAGAUUUUGAAAUCUGUCGUAUUGACGACGCGGGAGCUGUCAUAACAUUUACAGAAGCGAAGGAUGUAAAACUAGAAAUAAUCAGUCUGGAUGAAGUUUCCUGGGUAAUGCAGUGGAAAUCUUGUCUUCAAAAUUAUGAGAGAAGGGCAGCAAAUGACAGUUCAUUUAUCAAAACACACCUACAAUUUAAGAAGGCCAACAAUUUCAAUGAAGAUAAUAAUGGGCUAGGACUAAUUGUAGACAGAAAUAUUCCAACAGAUGAUUUUACGCUAGCUUCUACAAACCGUCAAAGUCCCCCGCCUUCAAAUACUGGUUGUUCAUUACACAGGUCUAAACCCUUGCAUAUCCCUUUAUCAUCUGUUAUUCGUGAAGACUUUUAUGAUAGCUCUCUAAAUGAGCGUAUAUCUAAAGACGGAGAUAGCAGUUGUGAAUCCUUCAGUGGCGCCGAAAGUAUCUUAUCAGACUACGAUUUUCAUGAUAAUGAAUUUUUUAACAACCAGUCACCUCAUUAUUUUUCAGAACACAUAGACAAUAACUCGAGAGAGGUGGUAAUAACAGAUGAAAAUACGAUAAUAUCUUUGGAAAAUACCCAAGUAAGUCGGUGGUCAAAUUACUCAUGGCAAAAAAUUUCACCGCAUCAAUUACAGGUCUCUAUUAUCCAACUGCGCAUGGGAAACUUCAUUGUGGCUUAUGAUUCUGAUUAUAACCUUCAUCAGUUCAAAAUUCGUUUGUGUGACGAUAUAAAAUGUAUACAAUCCACAGAGCAAGACAUACAAAUACGUGUCCCGCUCGGCGCAAUAAUGUGCAGCGUCACUGGUAUCUUGAAUAUUAGGACGAAGGACGCUGACAAGUUGCUUCGGGUAUUAAGCUUUUAUACCACUGACCACACGGAAGCUGUAUCGCACUCAAACAAUCAAGAUGCUACUGCAAGUCCACUUUCGUCAGUUUCAUCAGCAAUGGAUCUCAAGCAUUCAUUACAGAAAUGUUCCUCUACAAUAAUGCCCCAAGAGUUGACGCAGGACGUCAUCGGUUCAAAAUCAGACCUAAUCAGUAAUAUUCGUCAAAAAAUAUAA